AUGCACCAGCUCAAGGGUAACAGGAAGAAUGUUUGUGAAGAAGAAAGCAUUAUGCAAAUAACAGCAAGGAAUGUCACAGGAGCAUGGCACCAUCCACGAAGCUGAGCAAAUCUAUGCAUUUAUUGCAAGUCACCAGCAAAUAUGAGCUAUUAUUUGGGAGAGAGUCAGACCGAAUUCCACUUUCCAACAGGAAGAAGAUAUGGCAAAGCAUCUGUGUUAAAGUGAAUGCACUUGGUAUUAAAAAACGUACCCCAACUGAUUUGCAACGUAAGUGGUACGAUUGUAGGCGACAGGUCAAAGAUAAAUUGGCAAAGAUUCAUCUUCAUUCAAAACAAACUGGGGGUGGACCACCCACAAGGAAGAAAUUAUCGGAUGUUGAGCAACUUUUAGCAGACACCUUUGAGAAAGAGCAUAUCGAGGGUAUUGGAAAUUAUGAUGCUAUGGCUGGUUUUGAAGUUGACUCCAACAACAGCCAAUAUGAGUCUAUGUUCCUUCAAACGCCAAAUAGCAGAGACGACCCGGAAAACUUUCAGGAAGCCAACAAUGAAGGUUUGCAGCAGACACUGGAUGGUAGUCAAAAUUUCUCUGAACCUUGUGAGGAUUUACAACAAUUACCAGGCCUAGUUAAAUCUUACAUGGCUAAAAAUGAUGUGAACUUUAAAGCUUUUCUCUCAUCACAAUCUUCAUUAGCCAAUCUCAUUGAGAAUGGGUUUGCUAAAGUGGGUUCAGAAAUGUCGCUGCUAACUCAGGCUAUCCUCAACCUCAAUUCCAAUGUGGCAAAGAUUGCCGAUAGCAUGAUUAAACCACACCUUACCACUUCUACUUGUACAUCCCCUAUUAAAUUUCCACAUAGCAUUGUGUCAACCAUACCUUUGUCACCUGACUUGAAGUCUAAUGAUCUUAAAGAACCCUAUCCUGUCCAAUCUCCUAGGCCAAUAUUGUUGGAGAGUACCCCUGUCAUUGGUCGUGAUAGUGAUAGCCCAGUCGAAGUAAUUGAAACAGUUUCACCCAAACCCCCCCCCCCAAAAAAAACAUGAUACAACACAAUCUCAAACAGGUCACUUAGGCUUAAAAACAAAAUAUCUUCGUCACACGCACAACUACUUUUAGGAAUAAAAGAAUAAUUGAGUGUCGACUCCCCUAAAGUUGCAGCCAGUACAAUACUUGAUCCGUUAACCACCAGCCAGGUAGUAGGUAAAACUCCCUGUAAACAACAUAAAUCUGUGCGAAAAAAUGUGUGUUCCACCACAAAAAAAAAACAUAAAAACGAAAUAAGAUUUAAUUGCCUCUGGUUGUGCUGUUAAGUUGGUAAGAAUUUUUUAGAUUGUAGGUCAACAUUAUGUUGAACUACAUUUGAGGCAAACGGUUGGACAGCACUGUUCCCCCAACGCAAAUUGGGUUAGGCAACAAAUGGGAGACUAAGUCAGUGGUAUAUUUAUUUUUUGGGGGUUGUUCCCUCAAAAAAAAACAAAGAAGCCGAAAACACACAACAAACUCAACUCACAGGUAGCGUUGACGCGUUUUGGGUAAGAACCUUCAUCUACUGCAGGAAUAGGCAACCUUCCGCCCUGCAGAUGUUUAGUCCUACAUCUCCCAUGAUGCUUUGUCAGCAUUUUGCCAGUAACAGCAUCAUGGGAGAUGUAGGAUCAAACAUCUGCAGUGCUGAAGGUUGCCUAUGCCUAGUCUAGUGCAUAGAUGAAGGGUCUUACCCAAAACGCAUCCACGCUUGUUGGCUGUUUUCCGCUUUUGUGGUUUGAUUUGUAGACAAAAUCAAGUUUAAGCAUUUCCCACUAGCUUAGUGUAACAUUUGUUGCAUUGCACUUUGAGACACAACUUCUGAAGCUAAUAACUAUUGGAAGGAUUAAGAUUUUGUAAU